UUUUCUAAGAGUGGGUGGGCUGGCCGAAGCUGUACCACGGAGAAUCCCAAGAACCCAGCCAGCCAAAACGGCAAUUACCACUGUAUGUUCGCACCUAUCAUGCUGCCCAAUCCCUUCACACGGUGUUCCCCUAUUCCAUCCCGCUUGCCGUAUACCAGCGGCAAUGUCACCAGCGGCUCCAUUAUCCGACGCCCCUGUGUUACCUCUUUCAGCGGCCAGCCAUUGCGACUUCAUAUUCAUCGGCGAGGGAGCGUCAAACGUGGUCUUCGAGGUCGAUGUCCAGCCCAAUGACGAAAAUAGCAGCAUUUUCCGAGGACAUCUCCUUCGAGUCCAGAAAGGUGGGACCAAAGCCCACAGCUAUGGGGAGCUGCAAGAGUACUGGGAGGCGGUUGUGAAGCCGCUGUUUGAGCCGGCGGACCUGAUUCAGCACCGACUUAUCAAGAUCGAAGAUGGAGCGGUCAUCUCGCGGUUGAACGCUGUCCUGGCCCAAAUAGAAGACGCCCGCCGGCUCGAUUUCAGAGGAAGCAGGGUAGCUAUGGCCGCGUACGGCAUGCUAGUUGAGGAUAUGCGCGAAAGACACCCCGAUGACUUGACGCUGGAGUUCAAACCGAAAUGGCUCGCCCAGUCCCCCAACGCGCCCGCAUCAGCAACCCGCUGCCGCAACUGCGCACGCGAAGCGCUCAAACACCACACCAAGCUCAACGGCUGCCACCAGACCCAACGGACAACCCGGCCCCGUCGGAUUCUCUGUCCCUUUGACAUUCUUACCUGCGCCUCCUGCCCAGACGCCCUCUCCAACGUUGUUGCGCAUCUCUCUUCGCUUGACCCCCUCGGCAGACCUCAAACAACCAUCGCGGCCCAGUACAACCGUCUAAUCCAGUGGCUGCAAACCAACACCAUGCUCCCGCGACUGCGCGCCGCACAGCUGGCCAACGACCAUACCGGCCCGCUCCGUGCCGAUGCCCACGACCCCGAUUUCCAACUAGCCAUGACGCUGAGGGACUGCACCUGCUUCGUGCGGAUCCCCGCAGAUCCGGCCCUGCGCGUUGAGGCAAAGCUCGGUGACCUGGACAAGAAGAACUGGGCGGCCAAGCUGGGGUACUGGCAGGCGAUCGAGAGACGGCUUAUCGAGGGCGGCUAUUACGAGGGCCGGGAGGUACCAAGGGUGGAGACGGAUUGUCAGCUUGAGAGGCGGUUACUACUCCCAGAGGAUGCAACAGAGGAGAGAGGAAACAGCGCGGCAACGGCGGACUAAUAGACGGGGGUUCGGUAAAUGAAUGGGGGACUUAGAAGGAGCAUGUGCGUUUAGUAGUACGAUAAACGAUAGAGCAGUGCUGUCGGCCUCAUAAUUUAAAGUGUUGUUAUGUUACUUAGGGACCUACGGUAGAUGAUAACGU